AUGCAUCUUGUACUUGUGGUUAUGUUAAUGAAUUUGUCUCUGUUAUGAGAAUUCAUGGGAAUGUUGGUUUAGCUUAUAGUUAACCUGGAUGGAGAACAUUAGCUGAAGGAGAUGGCACCUGGUUGUGGUUUCUCGUCUUCAUAGUGCAGGCUUUGGUGCUGGUGUCUCUCUGCUUAAUUGGAGUUUCAUACAUUCGUUGUUUCCCUGUUUUGAAAAUCAUAAAUCAGAACACCUACUCUGGGAGCACAGGUAAUACCUCGUCCAGGGUGGCUUUGGAAAUCUACAGUUCUUUAAGCUGUUACAAAUAAGUGACUGUCAAAUUCUGUUCACUUUUGAGAAGCCUUUUCUUGUGUAUUUCCUCAGGAGCAUCCAGUUUCUAAAAACCUGCCUUUGAAACAAAAUAAUAUCUUCCUGGUGUUCACAAAGGUGUUGAAAACUGCCUAAUUUAUUUCCCUAAUUUGCUUUGUCAAAAUGUGGUUUAACUUCCUGAUGUGGCAUCAGCAGGAUGGUAGAGAAAGGGAAGUCUGACUUUUUCUCCCAUCUUAUUUUUGUGCCAUUCUUUUCCUGGGAUGGAAACCACAUGGUUUCCUCCUUCUCUUGCUCUCUUCUUCCUUAGAAGUUUUAAUAGCUCAGAGUUCAGAGCUCUGGUUUCGUUCUUACCAGCUAGGACUGUAAUUUUGUAUACUCUUAAGGCUGGUGACACAGCCCUGCCACAGCUGAAGGCGGGCAGUGCUUGGAAAUACCUCCAGUUCCCCAGCAGGAUGCCCUGGGAACAGUUCCACAGUCCCAGCUGCUGGGGCACCACUGUUGCUCCAUGUUGGAUGUCUCUUGGUGGAAAACCUGGGCAUCUCCCCUGCCUUCAGAAAAGCAUCUGCAGAGCUUGUGUGCUGAGGGCCAGACUGGUUGCUGGGUCUGUAGGAGAGUGGGAGGUCACUGCCGUUCCCUGUGAAGGAUUUGCAGCCAUCUGUAGCACGUCUGCUGUCAGCUCAGUUUCCUGUUUACACUGCAGUUGGUUUGAGAACAGGCUCUGAAGCAGCCACGCUGACUGAGGACACUGCUUCAGCUGGAGGCUCAGAGCUCCAAGGUCCCCAUGGGGAAGGAAGGCAGUUGCCCUCCUCACACGUGUUUUUUUUUCCUAUAGAACACGAGCCUUGUCUGGCUGUAGACAGCGGUCACUGUACUGUAGGUUUCUGAGGGUUGUACACGUUUUGGACCUGGCACCUUCGAGACAGCAAUGAACCUUUAAAUGUCAGACUCAGGAAGAACAUCUCUGUGGGCAGGUUACUGGAAUUCCCAGCGCACCACUUUUGGAAGCACUCGGUAUAGUUCACAGCCAGGACUCGCUCUAUUGCUUGUGCUAUGAGGCAAGAUGCUUUCUGCUGUGUUCCCAGUUGUAGCCUGGCUGAUGCUGUUACACGACCUGCUGUUUUCUGCAGUACUAGCGGGAAAAUGGAACAAAUUGGUUAUUCUUAGUGCUCAAAUGAUUCCUGCUCCCCCUCUCCCAGGAAAGGGACUUUUAUGGUAAUCACAGCAGUGACACGCAAGGUUUUCACAGUGGCCUGCUGGGGUUCUUGCUCGUGUCUGUGGGAUUUUCACUGUGCUUAGCUUGCAUGAGGUCAUGCUUGAAGAACCCUAAUUGCAUCAGUAGCCUCAGGAGAGACACAAGUAUAAACCUUUUUUCCUCUGCCUCACCUUUCAUGUCAGAAAGUUUCCAUAGACAAAUAUAUAUAUUUACAGAAAACUGGGGACUGACUGGCUGCUUGGUCUGAAUGGAAGCCAAGCUUUUUUUACUGGACAAACAGCUUCAUAAUUUCUGGUAAUUGCUCAUAUAAGGAAGUCAUUUCUCCCCUGCUGCUUGGUAUCCCUGGUUGACACUCAUUGCCUGUGCCCACUGCAGAGCACCAGCUUGCUCUGGCACUGCCACUUCUGCUCAGCUUUCCACUCUGGAGUGCAGCUCAUGGCUCCUUGUUCCUUAUAGGGUUUUGACUGUUUCUGCUGAUACAGCUGCAGUUUUGAGACCCUGGUUGGGAAAAUGGGGAGAGAGCAACAUUUUGUCUGUUGGUGCCAUCAGAACAAUUGUAAAUGGAUGAGAACAGAAAGCACCUCUAACAACAGCUACCAGCUGCAGCAAGAAGACCAAUUGUCAGAGGGCAGAAAAACUUUACCAGUAUUAUUUAAUCUUCAGGUUAAUACUGAGAACUUGGGCUUGCUUCAGAAGCCUAGGAUGUUCAGGGGCAAGGGCUGAGAGUUUGGCAAGUGAAGGGAUUCAGCUGCAUGGAUUUGCAGGUUCUGGUGGGGAUGCUGGGUUCAGUCGUGCACUCUGUGCUGUGGGUGCUCAGUAGAGAAGAGGUGCCAUUUAUUGUAAUGACUAAUGUGUCGUUACUGGACUUUAUCCAUUAAUAAGUAACGUGUAUUCAGCAGCAGUCAGAAAGAAAAAUGUUCCAUUCUAGGGAGAUGUAGUUGCUAAGAAAAGCCCUUGUUCUUUGUUUCUCCUUUCCUUUCCGUUUUGCUCUGGCUUUGCCAGGUGUAAAAUACAAUUGUCAGCAGUUUACAGGGAAGGGGGAGUGUCAGCUUUCCUGUUGAAGAAAAUAUCAAGGGUCUGAUUGCAAAAAAAAGGGAAACUGAAGAAUGCCACACGGCUUCCACCUUCCUGUAUUUCAUCCUUGCAGAAUUGCCUCUGCUGUGUGAGUCACUUGGUGUCUGCUGGUGUUUGCUAAACGGAGGACAGUUUUAACAAAUGAUUCUGCCCUUAGUCAAUAGGAACACACUGAUGGGACAGUAUUACUCUAGGAUGAAGCAGGACAAGGACAUUAGGAAUAAGCUAAUAGUCUUAAAAUUCUUAAGAGAGAGUUAUUUGGAAAUAGCUUAGCAUGGAGUCUAAAUAGCAAUGCAAUGAAGAUCCUAAAUUCAUGUUCUUGCUCUUACUCAGCAUCUCUUUGGCUUUCUGUUUUGGCUCUGAAUGUAUCACUGCACAUGAUAACAGGCUUGCAAGUUUGAGACUUAUUUUAUAUAAAGCAUUUUGAGAUUUUCUAAUAAAAAACAAUCCUUAAAUCAGCCACUUUUGAUUAGGGUCAUUGCUGGACAAAAGCUGGGUCAUGUUUAUGCCCAGUCUGCCCAGUGCCUCUCAAGUCUGGGAGCAGAAAUCAGCUUCCAGCACCAUCCAAGGACAUAAUCUUAACUGCUUUCUAGCUGGGUUCUGAGCAUCUAAGCUGUAAGCCAGAGGAAUGUGCUGCAUCCAACCUGAGCUGUUCAUGGCCCCUAAGCUCAUAAAUCCUGUGAGCAGAGAAGCCAGUGCAGGUGACUGGACAGCUGGAGCCAUUCUCUACUCACAGGGAGGAAAGGGACCUCUGAAUAGCUCAAGGAAAUGCUCAGUGUUGAUGGAAUGGCUGCAGAUCUGCUUCCCUAGUGCUUCCUUCACCACAUGUUACGCUUGACCCUGCCAGUACUAAACACCAAUAGGAGGCAAGUCAUCGUCCCCAGCGGCAGAUUAAACUGCUUGGCCAUUGUUAAAGAGUCCAAGAUUUUCCUCUCUCACCCUGGUUAAAUGACUGCUUGGAUGUGCAGCCAAAGUAAACAUGAGCUAAUAAAAAAUGUAGAGAUAGUAGAUAGCUGUUAUGGACUAAACAGUCAUGCUGCAGCACAAAGAUGUGUGGGUUUUGCUUGCUUGUUUUCUCCUUUAGUGUUUGAAGCUCAAUUUACCUGACAAUGAGGUGGUAUAGAUCAAGUAUACCUCCUUUCUCCUGCACAGGAGAACUUUGAAGAAGAAAUUGAUCUCCCAGGAUCCGUGUGGCAGCUCUGGAGCCCUUUCCUGUAUUCUCCAACAGUACGUUUCCUUGUUGACAAGAAAUACAUUGUCAGUGGGUUUUUUACUUUUUCAUCUACACAAAAUAGCACAGCCUGUGAAGGCCAUUGCUGCAAGAUAACAUGUUGAUCAGAAGUCUGGGGUGCUGCAGAGAGGUGGGAUAUCUAGGUGCUAUCACAGCUACUUGAACUUGUGGUAGAGAAAGAGUUUUGGAGAGGGUCAAAAAAACUCAGCGUGAAACAACCAUGCAGUGAUAGGGGUUGGGUUCUCCCUGUAUUCCUGUGAUUCCCAUGGAAUGCUGUAUUCUUUUACAAGAGUUGAAAUUAAUAGCUGGACAGGUAGAAUAAGUGUUUGGACACGCAUCUGCUUCAAGUGCUUGGAUGUUGUUAGCACACGUAAUUGCUUUGUAUCUGAAGCUGACUGAACUGCCCAGGUCCUUGCAGUGUAACUUGCUUUGCUUUCCUUUCUGGGGCUGGUGUGCCUGCUGCUCUACUGGGUCCUGCACUCUGAUCUUCAGCCUCUUCUGGGAUCAGAAGUUUGUAGAGAGAGACCAAGGGCUGAGAGUGCGAUAUGACAUGAAAAGAUUACGGGCUGCUGGGCAAUAAUUACCACAAAUGAUGCAGACAAGUCCAGAUCUAGGAGCAGCUUUUUCCUCUUUCAUCCCAAGCCAAUCGUGGCUCAGGCUGACAGCACACCUGGAAAUGAGGUAAUUGAAUACUCUGCCCACAUUGUUCAGAUUAGCUGGGGCUUGGGCACAAGCAGCACAAUUGUUUUCUGUGCUCCUGGGCAACUUUUGUUCUCCUGCAGCCAGGAAGCCUUACUGCUGCAAUGAGACAAGACAGGAUGAUUCUCUUCCUUUCUUGGGAAAGGCAUUCUUAAGCCACCUGUGGUGUGACUUUCCUGAGCAAUACCCUUUCCAGAUGUGGAGAUCUUGCUGCUAUUGAAGUAUGAGGCGGAAAUACUUCCAGUGCUGCCUGAACAUGUUAUUUAGGUCAGUUGGAAGGAAGGUGGCAACAUGAAUCAGAGAAAGGGUUGGAAGAGGAGGAAGGUCGUUAAGUAGUGCCUUGCCAUCCCCUGCCAGCACAAGAUUUUUCUCUGCUGGUGCAGAAGGACGUUUAGAGAUGCCGUUUGUUGUCUCUGUACUCUCUGCAUACUCCUGUGACUAUGAGUAAGUGGACUGGAAAUGAAAGAGAAGACCUCAGACAAAAGCCUUGCCCUUAUCUCUCUGCAUCAGUAUGUCUCUUUCCUGAUGGAUUAGCUAAUCUCUCUCAGAGAUAGACAGAGCACGGUCUCCUCUUCAUUCCUCUGGAAAACAAGCUGCAUCAGAAUAAUUGCUCUGACUUCAUCCAUUUGGGGUGAAUGAGUCUUCAGAAGAUGCUUUUAUGGAGGCACAGCCAUCCUAUUUUUGUGGCAACUCUUGCUGGUGGAGAGCUGGCAGAAGCAGCUGGGGGGUUUCCCAGCAGGUAAGUGGCCAAAGGGGCAUGAGGGGUAAUGCAGAGCAAAGCUGACAGGGUGGGCUGAAGGGAUGGUGGGAAACCUCCCAGAAACGUCCCAUGUGAGCAGGGCUUUGCUGAGCACCUCGUUUCCCUUUCCCAGAGGAAGCAGCCUGCAUUCACCCGUUGCUCUGUAGAGACCCGUAGGCUAAAACAAAUUAUUCUUACGCAGUAGAAAACACUGGAACCAACCUUAACUGAUGAAGCAAUUUGCCAGCAUUUAGCCUCGAGGUCCCUAGUCCCUCAGGGCUCUCCAGUGCAAUGACUUGAGCUGGUUUCCCAGAAAGAUUCUCUUGGAUAUGUGCUGUUGGCAAUGCUCUGGCUUGUUGCUGGCCUUUUAUUUUUCCAAGAGCCAGCUCUUGUUAGCUUCGUUCUCACAGUAUUGUUUUCUUUCUAGAAGAAGCUUUUGCUGGCUCUUCUAAGCCAUCACAUGGGAAUUGCUUACUAGCUUAGAUUUAUUUUUUUUUCGUUUUGACCCAAAGCUGUGCUUCGCUCCCCUCUGUAACACUGCCAACAUCAUUUCCAGUCUCUUUUAAGCGUAUGUUUUGCAAUAAUAUCUAAACUCUUGGCUCCAAAUAAGUGCCUUACAGAGAGAUCCGUAUCUUUUAACAAAGGAAUUGAGAAGCUAACAGUGAGAACAAAAGCAAUAUCUUGAGAGCCUUUAAGCCUCUGCUGACCUUUCCCAAAGGCCUCGGCUGAGGCUCCUGCAUGUAGCGAGCAGAUGGCAGAAAGCAGGGUGGCCUUUGGUCGGUUUGCACGGUCCUCUGCCCCAUCCCUGCAUUUGCUGGAAAUGUGCACUGCGUAUUGUUGCCAUCUGGGAUCAAGUGUGCUAUUCUUACGGUCUCCAGGGAGCCUUCUCCAGCAGAGCCCAUCUCUGAUGGAAGUCCUCUUUGGCUGACCUUGCACUUGGGCUAGUGUGGAUUUUUGAGAUGUGACAGCAGCAUUCUUCAGAGGAAGACUUGGGAAAUGUCUUGUGGCUGGGAAAGGCCAGUGGGCUGCUUGCUGGCUGAGUUCUCCAGGUAUCCAUCUAGGUACCUGAUUUAAACCAGGCAGCAAUGAGAUCAAUGUUAACAUUUUCAAAUCUUCAGGACAAACAGCCACAGCAAUGCAAAGGCCCUCACCAAACCAACCUCACCAAAUUGCCUUUGCUUUAGCCAGUGGGAAGACUUGGACAUAUAGGAAGCAAGACCAGUCAGGGAAAGUAGCAGCAGAGCUGGAAGUAUUUUCUGUAUCUUCUGACAUUAAGAAGCUUCUCCUUGGUUUGCAUCUGUGCAUGAAAUGGAGGCUGUCUGACCUGCAGAAAUAAGGGUUAAGGUUUAGCAAAUUGGCGUUUCUGGGAGUGAAGUUUCUCUAAUUAGCACAUUGCUCAAUUUGGGUUGCAGGUGAGUUGAGAGAAAAGUUGGAGCCGCUCCAUGUGUUUGUACAGGUUUGUUGGUUAUUUCUGUCCUCAUUUAUGUCUUGCUUUGUAUUGCAGUAAUGUCAUAGGUCUGGAGGUUGUGUAUUUCAAUUAAAUUUGCGCAAAAUGCCUUUGGGGCAGUUUCAGCUUGGGAAUCUUUGUUGUUGUCCUUGUAAAUGUAAAACCUGACGUACCAGACUAAAAUAAUGCAAUCAGGAUGGAUUUUCUGUAAAUAUUUCCUAAUCCCUCUGAAUUGACAUUCUUAAAACUUGUGCUCAGCUGCCAUCUGUCGCACAGGCAGAAUGAGGGAUCCGAGUGGGAUGAAUAAGAGCCCUUGGCAGUGCUAUUUACACAAGUUGGAGCUGAGCUGUGUUCAGGAUGUCCUGACCUGCCCAAGUUGCUGCUCGUCCAUUCGCACCAGCUGCUGCUGUGUCUGGCACAAUUUCCUGCAUUGCUUUUUAAAGGCUUCUAUAUGCAGGGACAGAGAGGGAAGAAAAAAAAGAAGACGAAACAUAACAGAAGAUGAGAAGAUUCACAUACUCCAUAAAGCUCCUUUCCCAAUGUUGCACGCUGUGGAGCAGCCUCUCCCUCCAAGCUCACUGCCAUGUUGUUCUGAGGGUUUUACCUUUGCACAAGGGAGCCUUUUCCUGUGUGUUCUCCAUCCUUAGGCAGGUUGGAUGGCCAAGCUACAAGAGAUGGGAAAGAAUUGGGCACAGAGACCCCCAUUGCUUCCUGAUGGGAGGCUUCAUGGGACUGCAUGAAGGGUCUGCUCUUAAGAGGAGCUGAGCUGACGUGAAACAAAUGGUGCUCCUGGAACUGAUAUACAAGCUGCCAAAUGCAGAAACAAAGCAAGAGCAGAACCAAAAUCCUUCCUGCCCUCUGCUCUGAGGCUCAGCUCAGCAGUUUGCUGUGGAACAGCCCUGCCCGCAUGGUGAUCCCUGGAGCAUUUUAUUGUGGGGAGGCUACAUCUGUUUGUGCUGUUUCUUGUAAUGUGUGCUCAGAAACCCGCAUUGCUUCCAAACCCCGGUGCUCCGUGUCUGUCUGCAUUGAUGGAUGGCCGACCACUGAACCCCCAGCAUCCAUUCGCCUUCUGCUCCAACCCAGCCUCACUGAAAAGUCUUGCUCCUUCCUCAGCCCUUGGAGCCCUCCAGCUGUGCUCUGCUUGGAGCCCAUCCGAGGCUCUUUUUGCCACGUCUCCCAGCAGAACCAGUGGGACGAUCCCAGGAGGCUCUUCUGGAAGUCUGUCCCUUUGUCCCUGGGUUCUGGGACGCCAGCCUUGUGCUUGCUGGCCCCAGGGCCUCACUCAGCCACGCUCGGAAGGGAUCAUAGCAGAGUUAGACCUGGCAGAUGGAGGCCUGUUACCUCACCCCACAAAAAUGCUUUGUUAUUGAGAAAAUGGAAACUGUCUGAGGUUUGGGAGCUGAAUGGAGUCAUUGGUGUCUGUUUUAACCACAGUUUGGUGGUGGCUGCUGAAAGUUCCCCUUGCUGAGCAUUCCCUUUUCCUACACCCAUAAUCUUGAAGUCAUCAGAGAGCUGCAGCGAUUUAACCAUUAGCUGAACAAACGCUGAAUGCUGCUGCGUGCUCUGCAGAAACUUCACUAAAGCAGAAACUUCACUGAAGCCUCAGCAUCUUCCAGCAGAAGUAAAAUGAGUGGCUAAUAAAUAACCCUUUACAAACUGUUGCCCAGAAAGGUGAUCCCUGUGAGUACGAAGCCAAAUUCAACUUCCUUUUAUGAUCUCAGCAGUGCCCCUUGUUUACUUGAUUUAUUUUUAAAACGCUGCACUAAGAUUAGGCAGGAGCUUUUUGGGGGGAAAAGGCACACAGACAUUGGAGUUCUGUACCAUGGGUAUCUGAAUCCCAGCUCAGAAGAGAAAUUUCAUCUUGUCAAUGUGGGUUUUUUUAAGAUUUCAAUGCUGGGAACUUGGGAACAUAGGAGAAAGAAUACAACUAAGGGUUCAACUAUUAGCAAGCUGGUUUUCCUAUUGCUCUGCGUGAUUCGGCAGGUGAAGGUGGCCCUCAGACCGGCACCAUGACCGAGUGCUUCGACUGCGACAACUGCAAGGAGUCCUUGUAUGGGCGCAAGUACAUCCAGAUGGACAAUGGCCCCUACUGCAUCCCCUGCUACGAUGCCCACUUUGCCAAUACAUGUGAUGAGUGCAAGGAGCUGAUCGGCCACGACUGCAGGGAGCUGUACUAUGAGGAUCGCCACUACCACGAGCACUGCUUCCGCUGCUUCCGCUGUGACCGCUCGCUGGCUGACGAACCCUUCACCUGCCAGGACGAGGAGCUGCUGUGCAAUGACUGCUACUGCAAUGAGUUCUCCUCCAAGUGCAUCGCCUGUGAGAAGACAGUCAUGCCAGGAUCCCGCAAGCUGGAGUACAAUGGACAAACCUGGCAUGAGCACUGUUUCAUAUGCAGCAGCUGCCAGCAGCCCAUCGGGUCACGAUCCUUCAUCCCAGACAAGAAGGAUUAUUACUGUGUCCCUUGUUACGAGAGCAAGUUUGCUCCUCGCUGCACUCGCUGCAAAAAGACCCUGACCAAGGGAGGAGUGACCUACCGGGACGAGCCGUGGCACAAGGAGUGUUUUGUCUGCACAGGCUGCAUGACCCCCCUGGCUGGCCAGCAGUUCACCUCCCAGGAUGACAACCCCUACUGCAUCAAGUGCUUUGGGAACCUCUAUGCCAAGAAGUGCAGUGCCUGCACAAAGCCCAUCACAGGCUUCGGUGGUGGUAAAUAUAUCUCCUUUGAGGAUCGUCACUGGCACCAUAACUGCUUUAACUGUGCCCGCUGUGACACCUCGCUGGUCGGGAAAGGCUUUAUCCCUGACAAUGAUGAGAUCCUGUGCCGCGACUGCAGCAACGACCUAUGAGCCUUGGAGGACACUGUGGGGCAGGGGCUUUCUCUAUUCUUCACAGUCUUUGUGCCAGUUAGCCCUGGCAGCAUUGCAGGGGCAGGGCACAAAGCAUAGGAGAUGAGGGCUGACCCCUAACCACUGUGUGUUCAGGAGGUUCCCGUGCCCCUCCUUGAAGGCUAGAGUAUGCUACACUGUGGCUCUGUGCAGAGCCAAAGCUAAAUAAAGUUGAAAAGGAGCUUCAAGAUCCCCAUUAUUUACUCUUUCCUUUUGCUUACUGUCUGACUGGGCAUGAGCUGAGCAAAGGGCAGCAGCAGCAGCUUCAGUGCAGGGCUGCUGGAUCUGCAUGCUGGCAGCACGCAUUCGCUCCCCUGGGCACGGUGCUCAUCCUUCUUCUUUUUUCCCUGCUCUGCGUGCUGCAGGGCAGCAACUCCUGCUCUGGUCUUGGCGGUGUUCACAGUGGAUGGCUUUGCAGCCCAGCAUUGCACAACCUGUGCAUGUGGGGCUCUCUGCUCUAUUCGGUAGGCUUGGGGACACCAGGCUGGAGCGGGAGCACGUGUCACCACCAUGGGAUUCCUGCAGCCACUCUGCCACCUAUGUGCUGCACCCUUUGCUCAGCGUGGCUCUGCGACAGAGCUCAGGCACUUGCAGGGCUGUAGCGCUGCCCCAAAAACCCCCUGCCUGUCCUUAACUGUUAACAACGAGGGGUCUAAAGGCUCACACGAGCCUUGCCCAGUGGCUUGGCUGGCCCUGCCCCCCCAGAGCUCCUCUGCAGAGGGAGCUUGUGCUUCUGCCUAGUCUGCAUCCCCCUUGCUUCGCCCUGCAUGGGGCCCUUCCCCCAGCCCUGCUUUCCUGCUUAACCCGUGCUUCUCUGAAGGCAUCUUCUUGUGAUGUUUAUUCGUUUUUGGUUUUGUUUUGUUUCUUUUUUCCUUUUUUUGUAUUCUUUUGUCAUGAUUAUCUGUUAUUCUGUAACCAGCUGUGGGAUGAAGGGACUCUCCUGCCUGCCCAGGAUUCAGUAGGAGCAGAAAAAAUUAUGCAUGUUGAAGUGUUAUUAACUCUGUAUUCAGAUCCUGCUUGAACCCUCGUUUGAAAGCUUUGAUGCAGGCAAAUCAGAGUUUGUGUGUUUGCUAUUCUGAGGCGCUUGGAGCAGUCUCUAGAAGGAAGUGUCCUGAAUGUCAGCCCCUUGUAUGUUUCCUAAGGCUUUAUAUAAUAAACUGUUUUAGUGA